AUGGCGUCUCGCCUUCUCGCUCUCCACCCUUUCCUCGCCGCACCUUCCAUCGCCUCAUCCACCCCCACUCCCGCGCUCCUUCCGCGCUCCACCCCGCCUCUCCCCGUCCACCCCCUCCCCUCUCCCCCCGCUGCAUCUUUCCCCUGCCCGCCGCGCCCGUCAUGGUUGCGCUCAACCGUAUCCGCUCUCCGCCCCGUGCCCACCUUCCCUUCCCCAACCGCGUCUUCCGCCCCGUCCUUCCUCUCUGCCCCAUGCUUCCCUUCCGCCGCUUCCGCCUUCCGCCCCGUAGCGCGCUCCCCUUGCUGUGACUCCCCUCCGCCCCUUUCCUCCCCUUACCGUGACGCCUUUCCAUAUGUCGCCCGCGAAUUCAGCUGCAGCGCGGGAACCAGCAGCGCGGGAACCAGCAGCGCGAGAACCAGCAGCGCGGGAAACGGCGCGGCGGGAGAGGCUCCACCUGGUGGGGAUGGCGCGGGGAAGACGCCCCCCGGGGGAGGCAUUUUCCACAAUAUCCGGGUGGAACUUGUGGCGGACGGGCAGGUUGGGUUAAUUACCCUGGCACGGCCGAAAGCUCUGAACGCACUGUCACAGGCGGUUAUGGGGGAGGUGGUAUCUGCGCUGCAGUGGAUGGACCGAAAGGACUCGGUGGGGGCGACGGUGGUAACUGGCGAGGGGCGCGCGUUCGCAGCCGGGGCGGACAUAGCAGAGAUGGCGCCGCUGACCUUCGCUGCUGCGCUCAAGGGGGACCUGCUGGGCCAGUGGGACGAAAUGCGACGGCUGAAGAAGCCUGUCGUUGCUGCUGUGAACGGCUACGCACUGGGAGGUGGAUGCGAGCUGGCAAUGAUGUGUGACAUUAUCCUGGCGGGUGAGAAGGCCGUGUUCGGCCAGCCGGAGGUGAACCUGGGGGUAAUUCCCGGGAUGGGCGGCACGCAGCGUCUUACUCGCGCGGUGGGCAAGGCGCGUGCCAUGGAGAUGAUUCUCACGGGGGAGCUCUUUAUGGAUGCAGAAGAGGCGGCGCGGGCUGGGCUCGUUAGCAGAGUGGUGAGUUUAUAA